GGUUGAGAUGUUCUGCUUUAAGAACAGCCGAGGGCUCCGCCUCAGACUCUUCAGCGGCACUAAGGACGGCGAGUCGCAAGCGGCAAGCGGCUUCGACAGUGUUCAGAACAUGGAGCGUCCCCCGCUUCACGUGGGACCUGACGAGGACGAGGAAAACUGGAGUGGUGCGAGGGCACCCAUGGUCUUGCCGGCUGGAGAGGGGAGAAAUGAGGAAGCGAGUGGACAGGGCCAGCCUGGGCGGGAAGCCGCAGCAGCGGAAUGGGAAGGAGCAGGAGAAUUAAGUGGAGAAGGCCCCUCGGCUGCUGGUGCUGCAGGCCUCGAGGAUGGCGGGAACCAAGAGGAUUAUGGCGCCUAUGGCGGCGCCUGGGAGAAUGAGCAGCUUCUUUGGGAGCCGGUGCACGAGGGCAUGGGGGGCAACGAGGGUGUGCUGCCGCCGCCGCCCCCGCCGCCGCCCAUGCCAGCGCCCGUGCCAGCGCCCGUGCCAGCGCCCGUGCCAGCGCCCGUGCCAGCGCCAAGGUGCAAACGCGCCUCAAGCAACAGGUUCGCCCACUGGCAGCGGCACGAGCUGGAGAGUGUUUUCCAGCAUACUCACUACAUCACGGCAGACGUAAGGAAACAACUGGCAGCAUCCAUGGGUGUGAGUGAAGCCAAAGUGCAGAACUGGUUUAAGAAGAAGAGAGAACAAUACAGGAAAUAUCAAAAGCCAUAAAUAAAGGCCCAGAGAUGCUCCUCCUGCUAGGCAGACCACAUUACCCUGAUGUCUAUGGAGGGGCCCAGAAGCCAGAUGCAGAUGCUUUUCUUUCUGUUACCAACAACUUAUUGUUAUACUCAUAUUCUCCUAAGCACUUGCAUUUUCAAUA